AUGAAGUGGUUUGACGGAAAACUCUCUGAUUGCAUAAAAGAUGUCAAAAUUAACAGACAUCUUCUGUUCGUCUUCUCCAAAGACGAGUCAUCUCCAUCAUCUGAUUCCGUUUUGGAGACCCUGAAUGAAGUUUGGCCAGAGGAAAUAUGCAAUGACACCAAUUGUCUUUUGUUAACAGCGGACUCCGACGGUUACAAGCAAUUCACUGCCAUAUAUGCCGCACAGUCGCUUCCCUGUAUGCAUUUAAUUCUUCCAUCUGGUGGCAUUCUCGGCGUGAAAACUUCAGACUUUGCUCCUGAGCAGUUGUCCUCUUGGCUUAAAGAAAACGUGAAAAAAUUCGACCCCUCUGUGAGUUGCCCGAGGAGAUUUAAAGAUCUAGUUAAACUCACAGAUCAGCAAUGGUUUUUCGAUUUUGUCCUGGCCUCUGCAGUUGUUUGUGUCACGCUCUGCGCCCUUCAAUUUGCGUCCUUUGCCACUGUAUUACCACCGCAUACAACCUCUGCGAAUCAAAAAUAUGCUGAAAACGCACAGGGGUGA